UUGACCUAAAAGACCACCGAUCGAAUUAGAGACCCCCCCUUCUACUGUCUGAAUCCAAACAAGGUUUCUCUCUUUGUUAGGGUUUUGUUCUGUUUCCUCUAUUGGUUCUUCCGUUCUUUACGGAUCUCUAAAUCGUCUGAUCCGAGAAGAUGCUUCCUCUUUCGCUACUCAAGACUGCUCAAGGACAUCCCAUGCUUGUGGAGCUUAAGAAUGGAGAGACCUACAAUGGGCAUUUAGUAAAUUGCGAUACAUGGAUGAACAUCCAUCUGCGUGAAGUAAUCUGCACAUCAAAGGACGGAGACAGGUUUUGGAGGAUGCCGGAAUGUUAUAUCCGUGGUAACACUAUCAAGUACCUUCGAGUUCCGGAUGAGGUGAUUGAUAAAGUACAGGAGGAGAAGACCCGCACAGAUAGAAAACCACCAGGGGUUGGACGUGGAAGAGGACGUGGCGUGGAUGAUGGAGGGGCCAGAGGCCGAGGCAGAGGUGCUCCAAUGGCGAAGAUGACUGGCAACAGAGGAGCAGGGCGUGGACGUGGUUGACUCAACAACUUAUGAAGGACAAACAUCUGUGUGUGUUUUUUAUCUGGCUCAGCUUCUCUUGCUGCCGCUUGUUGCUGCACUUAGUUUGAUUAUAUUAUAAGUGGAUGCUUUUACAAUGUGAUUGACUGUUUUUUUUUUCAUGCUUAUAUUUCAUCCAGCAGUUGUUAAUUUGUCUGUUCAAAGGGAUGAGUUUUUUUACCAUCUCUGCAUAUAUAAAAUUAAUCGUAAUGUGCUGAAUAUUAGAUUUGAGCUGUUCUAAGCU